UGGAGCAGACUGGAUUAGACUUGUGGAACGUUGCCUUCUGGAUACAACAAAGGGGGAAGAGACACUUGUAAACGUUGACCAAGAAGGAUCAAGUUCUGAAUUUAACCUGCCAUUUAAGGUCGGCUCCUCAACGCUUCCACUUUCACUUCAGCUCCAUCUGCUGCUGCCGGCUCGUCACAGUCGUCAGUACCGGACGAGGGGGCGUGUGGGGCGGCGUCACGUCAUAUCAGCCGCCGCGCUCUCAUUGGCUGCUGAUUCUCACCCGACACAGCUGUGAUUGUUUUCUGCAGAGGAAGCCGUUCGUCUCUGGAGAACGAGGAAGAGGAGUUGUGGGCUUGUUUUUUUCCCCCCUCAUCGUCUUUGUGGCGCGAAUGAACAGAAGAGGAGGUUUGUGUUUCGACCAGACACUGAAAACGUCUGGAAACCGAGCCCUGAAGUGCCAAAUGCCCAGACUUGAAGACCACUGCUGGAGCAGCUCGUGUGCGUCAAGAGUAGAAACUAAACACUCACCAUCCUCAUCAUCAUCGUCGUCGUCGGCAUCCAAAGCUGAAGAAAUGAUGUCCAUCAUCACCUCGGUGCUCAGCAACGCCUAUGGCUCUCUGCACGACGUCCGGACCGCCAACCUGAUCCGGCGGGGUCUGGUGCUCUUCACGGUGGGGGCGAGCCUAGCUCUGGUGCUCAACUUGCUGCAGAUACAGAGACAUGUCACCCUGUUCCCCGAAGAAGUCAUGGCCACUUUGUUUUCGUCCGCCUGGUGGAUCCCACCGUGCUGUGGCACAGGGGCAGCUGUUGUCGGCCUGCUCUAUCCCUGCCUCGACAGCCAUUUGGGAGAGCCUCACAAGUUCAAGAGAGAGUGGGCCAGCGUCAUGAGGUGUAUCGCAGUGUUCGUCGGUAUCAACCAUGCCAGUGUUAAGCUAAACUUCGACAACAACGUGCAGCUCUCCCUGACACUGGCGGCCUUGUCCUUGGGCCUGUGGUGGACCUUUGACAGGUCCAGAAGCGGCUUUGGCCUCGGUGUCACCACUGCUUUUCUGGCUACUGUGAUCACACAGCUGCUCGUCUACAAUGGAGUCUACCAGUACACAUCGCCAGACUUUUUAUAUGUGCGCUCCUGGCUCCCGUGUAUAUUCUUCUCAGGCGGCGUAACUGUGGGAAACAUAGGACGCCAACUUGCCAUGGGUGGCGCUGAGAAACCUCACAUGGACUGAAGCGGCGGAAAGAAACGGAAAAACCAAGCGACGGACGCCCCGGCGCAAAGAGUGGACUAGUUAUGUGAAGAACGAGGAGAGGAAAGACUCAUUGUUUUGACUUGGUUUGUUUUUUAUCACAAACAAGAAAAAGAGAGCCCCUCAUCCGACGUGCCAUGUCCUCUGCAUCUCCCUCCGUGUGGCCAAACAGCCGCUCCUUCCCUCCGUCAGUUGAACUCCAUCAGCAUUAAGGCUUUCUUGCCUUUUUUUUUUUUUCCCUUUUGUUGUUUGAUUUUUUUUUUUUUUUUUUUAAAUGAACACUUGACUAGUCUGAUUUUUUUUAUUUCACACUGAAAGUGUUUAUCCUCCUGCACUUCAUGAGGUGGAACCAUGAGUUCUUUGAGUGUGGAUUUUGGUCUUAGCAGAGACAACAUGCUGAUGUUGUGUGGGGGGGAGAGGGGUGGUGUCCCAAAAUGUCUGAUAGUUUUUUUUUCUUCUUCUUAAAUUUAAUGUGAUUUUAAAAGGGACAUGCAUGAAUGGGCAAAAAAAAAAAAAAGUCUUCACUCUCUUGUAGAAAUGUAUUAAAUUGUCACAGCGGCUCCACUGUGGCACAGAGGAGAAGUAUGUCCCCAAUCAUCCAAAUAAGUAUUUAUUCAGAGGACUGACCCCAAAGCAAAUGAAUAAUGAUUCCCAUUCUGAAAGAGAUCGUCUGAUACUUUAGAUUACUGGAGAGAAAAUCAAGUGACCAUCAAAAAGUGCCAUUUAGUUUAUGACCAAUCUCUACGGGACAAUUGUUAGAGAUACUUUGUUAGGGUAUCUUAUGGUGCUUUUCCACUACAUGGUCCUAGCGCGGCUCGGCACGGAAUGGUUAUUGUUGCCUUUCCAUAAGCGAUAGUAGUAGAGUCAAUGCCCAAAUGUAGAUCAAUUAAAAAGACUUCAGAAUCCUGAAAACGUGCGUUAAUCUCCAACAUUUCGCAAAGGAGACGUCUUAAAUCACAAUAUUUAGGGGAGUCUGGUGGGCUUGUUGGGACCAUGUAGUGGGAAAGCGUCAUUAAUGUCCCAGUUACCUGUGAACAGUAUCACAUUUACAGCAACAUGUUGGCCGACAAAGAAAGUAUUAGCAUGGAACUUAAACAAAGUGCUUUAAAAUCUCAUAAAAUGCAAUGAGUUUUUAUAGAAAAUCUAUUUCACCAAAUAUCGUGUAGGAUGAACCCGCCGAUAUCCCGUUUGAAUUCACGUUGGGAACAUACACCCAUCGAAGUAGAGAGGACAUAAGAUUUGCAAUCUGUGAUUGCCGGUGUAUUAUAGAAUGUAGUGCUUUUGUCACUAUAACUUUAGUUUUUCCUCAUUGGUACAAACAUUGUGACAUUAAUGCUUGUAUGUAUAAUGGCUUGCCGAUGUAAUCAGACUGGUGUGUUACCAUACUAGACCUACAGUGUGUUAGUUAGUACUCGGGGGGUCUAAAGGAUUAAGUGCAAUCAGAGUAUAUACAUGAGACGAUUUCUUCUUCUUUUUAUUUAUUAUUAUCAUUAUUAUUAUUAUUUCUGACAAAAGCUAAGAAAAAAAUAAAGUAUAUAACUUUUUAAGUAUAUGCAGUGGGGGAUAAAAAAGAAGCAAUAACAUCUUGUCUUUUAGAAUCAAUACCAAUGACUCUCACCAGAGAGACGACGUUAAAUAAGAAAAAAAACAACUCAUUUAGUAGCAUUACUGAAGGAAGCCUGAUUUAUUUUUGUAAAGACAUUUAAUGGCAGAUCACUUCAGGUCCAUCUGCUCACAUUCAGGUGUACUUAACUGAAGAGAAAGCUUUAUUUUAUUUUUUAUUUUAUUUCUUUCUGAGGUGGUGAAGCACCUUUAUUUUGUUUUGGACGUUUUAGAGUUUCUCCGUGUGUCUGAUAUUUCAGCUGUGUAUCGUUUUUGCUACCUUGGAUUUAAGUGAAAAAAUAAAAAUCACCUGAUAAGGAAAA